AUGGUGGACCAUUUUGCAAGAUUGCCGGAAGGCUGCGUGUCGGAGAUUUUGUCGCUAACGUCGGCUUCGGAUGCGUUAAGAUCAUCGACAACAUCCAAAGCAUUCAAAUCUGCAUCCGAAUCAAACUAUGUUUGGGAGAGAUUUUUGCCCCUCAGUUGGCGGGAAAUGGUGUCCAUGUCAGCAACUCCUGUCGAGUAUGCUACCAUCAGAGACCUUUAUUUCACCCUCUGUCGCAAUCCUAUUCUCAUUAAUGGAGCCAAAAUGAGUUUUUCUCUGGACAAAAGAAACGCAAAGAAAUGCAUAAUGAUCGGAGCAAGGGAACUUCAGAUUUCUUGGAAAGGUUGUUGGGAUUUCACAUCACACGCCAAAUCAAGAUUUUUGGAGGUGGCAAAACUGAGAUCCCCAAGUUGGAUUCAUAUUCAAGGCAAACUCAAAACUGAAAUGCUAUCCGAAAACACUAAUUAUGCAGCGUACUUGGUGUUUUGGCUUGAGAAAAUGGACGGCCUCAGAUCAUCCGACACUGUAGUAAGAAUUCUCAAUGAUAAGUCGAAACACAAGCAGCACAACGAACAUUUUGAAUCACGAGAAGCUGGAAAAAUUGCACGGACGAGAAAAGAUGGAUGGAUGGAGAUGGAAAUGGGUAACUUCCACAAUGAAAGUGGAGAUUAUGGCACAGUCGAGGCAUGGCUGAUUGAGAUCCAUAACCCGCACAGUAAGUCAGGGCUCGUUGUUGAAGGCAUUGAGUUUCGACCUGUUUGA